AGAAAGAUCUUUGAGCGACUGCUUCUUCAACAAUGCCAAUAGUGUCUGACUGCACGAAAGCGCUCAAAAAAUUUGCGAGUUCCAAACAUGGACUGUUCUAUUGCUUGCUUAUUACUGUGAGCUGCACUUCCUCGUACAAGAAAUGCGACACUGGACACUUUUACCCUUCCUGGCAAGACGAGUUUGCAAAACAAUUCAAGCAGCACUUAGGAAGGGAUUUGAGUUAUCACUGCUAUUUGCAAACUGGUGCUCGGUACUACGUUAAGCUGAAGGAUGGUUUGAAAACAAUAUGGAUCGGAGAAACCAAGUUUGUUGCACUUCUGAACACCUUUGUUAGCGGAACAAAAGUAGCUGAUUUGCUUAUCGAGCAUUGGAAGAAGUUCAAUCUUAGCGAGGCAGUCGAAAAAUCCUCGGCUUUCGGAUGCUCAUAUGAUUAUUAUAUUUUCACGCCGUGGCCUACCUACAUGUUCUGUUCAUUUGAUACGAUGAGACCUCUGACAGACUUUUUCGACUUUGUUACAGAGCACGGCAUAAUACGAAUAGGAAAAUAAUGCAC